AACUCUCUUACUCAUUAAUCUUACCACCAUUUUAGCGCUUGCAACCUCAUGCAGUCUGGUCUUUUGACAAGUCUGCGGUCUCGAACCUCUUGCCCACGCACGCGAGUUUGCGUGGCAAGCUCGGCAGAUGACGCCGCGCAGAAGCAGCUGAAGGGCCCGAGCCCGAUCCGGCGCCAGCGUCUGGCACGGAGGAGGCAGGAAGGCGACAAUUUUAAGAUGAUUAUGCGCGAGCUGAAAACGGUGAAGGACGCGCUGGAGCGGAAACUGGACGCAAACCACGCCAGCGUCAUGGAGGCCUUUGGAUUCCUGUCCGACGCAGCGGCAGUGUCUCAGUACGAGCGACAAGGGCUCAAUAGCGGCGGGAUGAAGCUGGUAACGCUGGCCGACGUGCUUGAGCUGGCGCUGCCCAAAGUGGUGAAGCAGGCGACGAUGCGCCAACCCACCCUCAUGAAUGACAUCCAUGCCGCCGUCACGGCGCCUCUGUUGGACAAGGACCUGGGCUUCCUGACCGCCGUGGAGCUGAUGCUCGCGCGCAAGGGUCGAGAGCAGAAAGCUCCGCGAGCUCCGCCUCAAGUCUGGAGGGCCUGAAGGGCUGGGCCACAUGCUUAUGUGGAUGUCGGGAAUGGAGGCGCUACUGGACAGCCUGUUCAUCGGCGCCGACGUCGAACUCAACCAGCACGGCUUGGACGAGGACAAGCUGGACAAUGCGAUUGCCCUCGUGCAGCGCCAGGUGCGCGGCCUGCGAGCCGAGCACACGGCCCGCGCCCGCGCGGCACGCAAACACAGCUUGCUGCUGGAUCAGCUUUCGGGCACCGUGCAGCAACUGACACAGCAGCUGAACGCAUUCGCGGUCGCGACAGCGGCCGUGCUGGAGGUGGAGACUGGCGGAGGGAAGGGCCUGGCCCCCAGUGCCGCAUCGUCCGCAGCGGCGGCUGCAAGCCGCCCGGCGCCCCCGCCGGGCGGGCCCAAAGCCGCCGCUGCCCCACACGCUGCGCCUGCGGCAGGAGAGGCCGCGAGGCCGAACCCGCCGCAGCCGCAAGCGUGCACACACCUGCCGCCGCCGCCACGGGCGAUGGCGGCCAACAAAAUACUGCUUCGUGGCGCAAGCAGCGAGCAGGCGGAGGCGAUGGCGCGCGGCGACUUCUCUGCUCUGGGCCUGGGAGAGGGCUCGAUGGGCAUGUAUGAACGUCGGUGGCGGGCUAGCAACGCGGGUCGCGUUUGGAAUGUGGAGGUAGUGGUGACCAGGGAUCAGCGGGCGGCCUUCAUCAGGGCUGCGGCGCAGAUUAAACACACCGCAGGCGUGACGGUGGCCCCCUUCCUGACGCCGGAGGGGCGGGCAGCUAGGCGCGCGCGGCAAGCCCAGUUCGACAGCCUGGUGGAACGGGGUCUGCAGCCGUACUGGCGGGGCACGGACAUCGUGACUGAGGAGGGGGACCGGCGCUGCGUACACCCCGUGCAGUAAUGCACAUGGCGGAUAACUGAGAGGGGCGCGCAUUGUGUGUGUGUUUAAGUCCAGCGGAAGUUAGGCUUGUUGUGAAUGCAGGGCUAGGACACAGACGGUUUUGGUUAUUGAUCCUCUCUCUCUCACUUUGUGGCUGCCCUUAGGCAUAUUCUGCCCUGUGGGGAAGGGAAGGUAGCUAGUGCCGGCGGGGUGCUUGUUUUGCGGUUGCUGCGGCCACGUGCCGGACUUGGACGGUACAUGACUUUUUGCUAGGCGAACAAACAAUGCAUAGUGGCCAGCUGCCGGCUCGCAGCAGUGUUGAUAUAGAAGGAGGUGCGGCUUCUAGGGCCAAACCGACGUCUCACAAUAUAGACAGAGGUGCGGCUCUUAGGGCCAAAUCAGUGUCUAACCACAAUAGAUGGAGGUGCGGCUCCUGUGGCCAAACUGACGUCUAACGCUACGCGUAGGCUUGGGAGACAUGUACUGCCAGACCAAUGCGCGACAAACAAGUUGCUAAUGCGCCCCUGGCACUAGCAACUACGGGUUGUCCGGAUACACGAUCACGUGAUCUGAUAAACAACUGUAAACCGUUGUUACA